GCCUCGCCUCGCAGCGGAACGCCGCGCACUCGGAGCCGGCGCAGCUCGCCGGGUUUUGGCUUGUUUUUGCACUGAAUGUAACCUAGACUCAUCUUCACUGGCUUGUGUUGCCCUGGGAUACUAUCAAAGGCGGCGGCUGUGUUUCCACAAAGCUCGUGCAGCGUCCACUGCCAUGCAGACCACGGAAGGGGAGGCGCCGGGAGAGGGCAGUUCCAAGGUGGAACAGGAGGAUUUUGUAAUGGAAGGGCAUGGCAAGACCCCGCCUCCUGGUGAAGAAAGCAAACAAGAGAAGGAGCAAGAAAGGGAAGAACAGUUAAUGGAAGACAAGAAAAGGAAGAAAGAGGAUAAGAAGAAAAAAGAAGCCACUCAGAAGGUCACGGAACAAAAAACCAAAGUGCCCGAAGUGACGAAACCAAGUCUAAGCCAACCAGCGGCCGCCAGCCCAAUUGGCAGCUCCCCAUCGCCACCAGUCAAUGGUGGCAACAAUGCCAAAAGGGUGGCAGUGCCGAACGGACAACCGCCAAGCGCCGCCCGCUACAUGCCUCGGGAGGUGCCGCCGCGAUUCCGUUGCCAGCAGGACCACAAAGUGUUACUAAAACGUGGACAGCCCCCUCCGCCGUCCUGCAUGCUCCUCGGGGGCGGGGCAGGGCCUCCUCCCUGCACAGCACCUGGAGCAAACCCAAACAACGCACAAGUGACAGGGACGCUGCUGCAGAGUGAGAGUGGGGCUGCACCAGAGUCAACCCUUGGAGGUGCUGCUGCUUCAAAUUAUGCAAAUCCCACUUGGGGCCCGGGGGCCUCCUCCAACAACGGCGCCUCCCCCAACCCAAUUCACGUCUGGGACAAGGUGAUUGUAGACGGGUCUGACAUGGAAGAGUGGCCUUGCAUUGCCAGCAAAGACACUGAAUCUUCUUCCGAAAACACCACCGAUAACAACAGUGCCUCAAACCCUGGCUCUGAGAAGAGCGCUCUGCCAGGAAGCACCACUAGUAACAAAGGCAAAGGGAGCCAGUGCCAGCCUGCAACUUCUGGGAACGAAUGUAACCUUGGGGUCUGGAAGUCUGACCCCAAGGCUAAAUCUGCUCACUCUUCCACCUCUACCACGGAGAGCAACAGUGGACUAGGAAACUGGAGGAAUGCAAGUGGUCAGGAUAGAAUUGGACCUGGCUCUGGUUUCAGCAACUUUAACCCAAAUAGCAACCCAUCUGCCUGGCCAGCGCUGGUCCAAGAAGGAACUUCUAGGAAAGGGGCAUUGGAAACGGAUACUAGUAAUUCCAGUGCACAGGUUAGCACAGUAGGUCAGGCAUCCAGGGAACAGCAGUCAAAGAUGGAAAAUGCGGGUGUUAACUUUGUUGUCUCUGGCAGAGAACAGGCUCAAAUUCAUAACACUGAUGGACCAAAAAAUGGAAACACUAACUCCUUGAACUUAAGUUCACCAAACCCCAUGGAGAAUAAGGGAAUGCCCUUUGGAAUGGGCUUGGGGAACACCUCCAGGAGCACUGAUGCCCCUUCACAAAGCACUGGAGAGCGAAAGACUGGGAGUGUUGGAUCUUGGGGUGCAGCUAGGGGGCCUUCUGGAACUGACACAGUCUCUGGACAAAGCAAUUCUGGAAACAAUGGGAACAAUGGAAAAGAUAGAGAGGACUCCUGGAAAGGAGCUCCUGUUCAGAAAUCAACCGGGUCAAAAAAUGACUCUUGGGACAACAGUAACAGGUCUACGGGUGGGUCCUGGAACUUUGGCCCUCAGGACUCUAAUGACAACAAGUGGGGUGAAGGGAACAAAAUGACAUCUGGGGUCUCUCAGGGAGAAUGGAAACAGCCGACUGGGUCUGACGAGUUGAAAAUUGGAGAAUGGAGUGGUCCAAACCAACCAAAUUCUAGCACUGGAGCAUGGGACAAUCAAAAGGGCCACCCCCUCCCUGAAAACCAAGGCAAUGCCCAGGCUCCCUGUUGGGGAAGAUCUUCCAGCUCCACGGGAAGUGAAGUUGGAGGUCAGAGCACUGGAAGCAACCACAAAGCAGGAAGUAGUGACAGUCAUAAUUCUGGCCGUCGGUCAUACAGGCCCACACAUCCUGAUUGUCAGGCUGUCUUGCAGACUCUUUUGAGCCGAACUGAUUUGGACCCCAGGGUGCUCUCAAACACUGGCUGGGGCCAAACUCAAAUUAAGCAGGACACGGUGUGGGAUAUCGAAGAGGUGCCAAGGCCUGAGGGGAAAUCUGACAAAGGAACUGAGGGGUGGGAGAGCGCUGCCACACAGACCAAGAACUCAGGGGGCUGGGGAGAUGCACCCAGCCAAAGCAAUCAAAUGAAGUCUGGGUGGGGGGAGCUCUCAGCCUCUACAGAGUGGAAAGACCCCAAGAACACAGGAGGCUGGAGUGACUACAAGAACAACUCUUCCAGCUGGGGAGGCGGCCGACCAGAUGAGAAGACCCCUUCCUCCUGGAGUGAAAACUCCAGCAAGGAUCAGGGGUGGGGAGGAGGGCGCCAGCCCAGUCAAGGAUGGGCCUCGGGGAAGAAUGGUUGGGGCGAGGAAGUGGAUCAAGCGAAAAACAGCAACUGGGAAAGUUCUGCGAGUAAGCCUGUGUCUGGGUGGGGUGAAGGAGGGCAGAAUGAAAUCGGAACUUGGGGUAAUGGUGGGAAUGCAAGCCUCACUUCAAAAGGUGGGUGGGAGGAUUGCAAAAGGUCCCCAGCGUGGAAUGAGACUGGCAGACAGCCCAAUUCCUGGAACAAACAACACCAACAGCAGCAGCAGCCACAGCAGCCACCGCCACCACAGCCCGAGGCUUCCGGCUCGUGGGGAGGCCCACCUCCGCCACCUCCAGGCAGCGUCCGACCUUCCAGUUCCAGCUGGAGCAGCGGGCCGCAGCCCACAACCCCGAAGGAUGAGGAGCCCAGCGGCUGGGAAGAGCCAUCCCCACAGUCCAUUAGUCGGAAGAUGGACAUCGAUGAUGGCACGUCAGCGUGGGGAGACCCUAACAGUUACAACUACAAGAAUGUGAAUCUGUGGGAUAAGAAUUCCCAAGGGGGCCCUGCACCUCGAGAACCAAACCUGCCCACCCCAAUGACCGGUAAAUCAGCAUCAGUCUGGAGCAAAAGCACACCACCUGCUCCAGAUAAUGGUACUUCAGCCUGGGGUGAGCCGAACGAGAGCAGUCCUGGGUGGGGCGAGAUGGAUGACACAGGAGCAUCGACCACGGGCUGGGGGAACGCACCCACCAACGCCCCCAAUACCAUGAAACCCAAUUCCAAAUCUAUGCAAGAUGGCUGGGGGGAGAGUGAUGGGCCAGUCGCAGGAACUCGUCAUCCCAGCUGGGAAGAGGAGGAGGAUGGAGGAGUCUGGAACACCGCCGGCUCUCAGGGAAGCACUUCCUCCCACAACUCAGCAAGCUGGGGACAAGGAGGAAAGAAGCAGAUGAAGUGCUCACUGAAAGGAGGAAACAGUGAUUCAUGGAUGAAUCCUCUAGCCAAGCAGUUUUCAAACAUGGGAUUGCUGAGUCAAACUGAAGAUAAUCCAAGCAGCAAAAUGGAUUUGUCUGUAGGAAGCCUUUCAGAUAAGAAAUUUGAUGUGGACAAGCGAGCAAUGAAUCUCGGGGAUUUUAAUGAUAUCAUGAGGAAGGAUCGAUCUGGGUUCCGUCCACCUAAUUCCAAAGACAUGGGAACCACAGAUAGUGGGCCUUAUUUUGAGAAGGGCGGUAAUCACGGCUUGUUUGGAAACAGCACAGCACAAUCGAGAGGUCUGCACACACCAGUGCAGCCACUGAAUUCUUCUCCUGGUCUCCGGGCGCAAGUGCCUCCCCAGUUUAUUUCUCCCCAGGUGUCUGCCUCAAUGCUUAAGCAGUUUCCCAACAGUGGCCUGAAUCCAGGUCUUUUCAAUGUGGGGCCCCAGUUAUCUCCUCAACAAAUUGCCAUGCUGAGCCAGCUUCCACAGAUUCCCCAGUUCCAGUUGGCAUGUCAGCUUCUCCUGCAGCAGCAGCAGCAACAGCAGUUGCUACAGAACCAGAGAAAGAUUUCUCAAGCUGUGCGCCAGCAGCAGGAGCAGCAGCUGGCCCGGAUGGUGAGCGCGCUGCAGCAGCAGCAGCAGAGGCAGCCCAGCAUGAAGCACUCGCCGUCCCACCCUGUUGGGCCCAAGCCACAUCUGGACAACAUGGUACCCAACGCACUGAAUGUGGGGCUCCCCGACCUUCAAACCAAAGGGCCAAUGCCUGGAUACGGUUCUGGCUUCAGCUCUGGUGGCAUGGACUAUGGCAUGGUUGGUGGGAAGGAGGCUGGAACUGAGUCUCGCUUUAAACAGUGGACCUCCAUGAUGGAAGGACUGCCCUCCGUAGCCACACAGGAAGCCAAUAUGCACAAAAACGGCGCUAUAGUAGCCCCAGGUAAGACCCGAGGAGGGUCACCGUACAACCAGUUUGACAUCAUCCCAGGUGACACACUGGGUGGCCAUACGGGUCCUGCUGGUGAUAGCUGGUUACCUGCCAAAUCUCCACCAACAAAUAAACUCGGAAGUAAAUCCAGCAAUGCCAGUUGGCCUCCAGAAUUCCAACCAGGAGUGCCAUGGAAAGGUAUCCAAAACAUUGACCCUGAAUCUGACCCCUACGUCACCCCAGGAAGUGUGCUGGGGGGCACAGCCACAUCUCCCAUUGUAGAUACUGACCACCAACUGCUGCGGGAUAACACCACAGGGUCUAAUUCUUCCCUCAACACCUCGCUGCCUUCACCUGGUGCCUGGCCCUACAGUGCCUCUGACAACUCCUUUACCAACGUUCAUAGCACUUCAGCAAAGUUCCCUGAUUACAAAUCAACAUGGUCCCCAGAUCCCAUAGGACACAACCCCACUCAUCUCUCCAACAAGAUGUGGAAAAACCAUAUUUCCUCCAGGAACACUACACCGCUGCCCCGCCCACCUCCCGGUCUGACUAACCCCAAACCGGCAUCUCCCUGGAGCAGCACAGCACCCCGAUCAGUCAGGGGGUGGGGGACACAGGACUCACGGCUUGCCUCGGCCUCUACCUGGAGUGACGGUGGCUCGGUCCGUCCUAGUUACUGGCUGGUUCUUCACAAUCUCACUCCACAGAUUGACGGGUCAACCUUGAGAACGAUUUGCAUGCAGCACGGCCCACUGCUGACAUUCCAUCUGAAUCUGACCCAGGGCACUGCCCUGAUCCGAUACAGCACCAAACAGGAGGCGGCCAAGGCCCAGACGGCACUGCACAUGUGUGUGUUGGGAAACACUACCAUCCUGGCUGAGUUUGCCACCGAUGAUGAAGUUAGCCGCUUUCUGGCACAAGCUCAGCCCCCUACACCUGCAGCAACCCCGAGCGCACCUGCCGCGGGGUGGCAGUCGCUGGAGACCGGCCAGAACCAGUCAGAUCCCGUCGGACCUGCUCUGAAUCUUUUCGGUGGGUCCACUGGGCUGGGGCAGUGGAGCAGCAGUGCUGGUGGCAGCAGCGGGGCCGAUCUUGCUGGCGCUUCGUUGUGGGGGCCCCCCAACUAUUCUUCUAGCUUGUGGGGAGUCCCGACUGUGGAAGAUCCCCAUAGGAUGGGCAGCCCUGCUCCUUUACUACCUGGUGACCUUCUGGGAGGAGGGUCGGAUUCAAUCUGAACUUAGAACUUUCAACUCUGACCUCGUGACCUUUUUUGGAACAGCAGCAGCACUAACUUGACCUUUUCGUUUUUUUUUUCAACUUGCAAUAAAUACAUUUUUAAAAGGAAAAAAGAAAACGGAGAGAGAAAAAAAAAAGGUGGGUCAUUGACAGACUGUCUGAGCACAUAGUUGCCUCCCUUCUAACUUCAGUUUUUCGUUUGGAAAAUGAAUCCAAAAAGAGAACAUAUCACUCUUGAAAUACUUGAAUCAUGAACGCCAACCUAGAAAGACAAUGUGAAGCAAGUACACAUACCAUUUAAAUUUAAACACAAAAAAAUUAAAAAAAUUAGUUUCUAGUUUUUCACUUUUUUCAUGUUAUAUGGAAGUUGUUGCUAAGAAACAUAUAUACUGAAAAAAAUAGCUUUUUAACUUUGUUUGCACUGGGUGUGUUUCCGUCCUUAGGUCUACCAUGUUUGGGAGGGAGGGAAAUUCAAAAGAAUUGUUGGGGGUGGGGGGAGGGAAGACUUGACGGAGCCUCACUUUAAAAACAAAAAAAACACAAAAAACCUAAAAAAAAAAAAAAAAAGGAAAACAUUUGUGAUUGGCUGGUUGAUAAAUACCAGUGUGUUCUGGCACAUGUAACUGCCCAGGCAUGCUCGUUCCGGUAUGCGUGUGCGCGUGUGUUCAUGUGCAUUGGCGUGCAUCCUUUCUGUCUCCGUGUGUGUGCCUGUGUCCCGCCCUCCUCCCCUGCCCCGCCCCGAUUCCUCAGAAAGCUGCAGUGCUGACCGUCUGCGGGCUGGCUGGCCGGCCAUCUGCUUUUUAUUUUCUUUUCUCUUGAAACUGAGAACACACAAAGCACUGGGAGCCACUGCGACUGGAGCCACUCCAUGGGGCUGCAUUAAAAUGAACAGAGCGCUUUUUAAUAACUAAAGCGGAGAGCUCCCUCCCAGUGCAGACUAGCCCGACUGUGAGCUGUCUCUGGCUUUUCUUUUGACCCAGCAGUAGAGCGGAGCACUGCCAAGUCCAUGAACCUAGGAGAGCAGGGGGUGCCUCUUUCUGUUGUGCCACCGAGUGGCCACCAGGCACACCUGAAUACCUGUGACGUUGCACGCAGGCCAUCGUGUUAGUCUGAACGGGAACAGAAGAGAAGAGCGUCUUUAAUUAUGUGAUGUCCCCACAGGAGGGAAAACUGUGUUCCCUCUUGGAUAUGUGGUCAGGUAUCAGAAAUCCAUCCAAAAAAUCAGGUAAAUGCUGAGUUAAAUGGUUGCGUUGGUUCUCUCUUCAUUCGAUGGAAGCAGAAAACACUAAGUUGUGGACAGCCUACUGAAAGCUCCCGCAGCAACUCCCUCUGCUCUGGCUGGGCGGUGCCGGGCAGUGGCGUGGUACAGGCCAUUGCUGACAGAGAUGUUUACCUAACGAAUGUCCUUAAGCCAGUGUGUACUCCAUGCGUUUCCUCUUGUCUCUCUGUGUAUUUCCUGUGUAUGUGGUUUUGCUUAGGCAGGUAUAACUUAGCAGAGACUUUUAAGUAUUGCACCUUUUUUUUUGUUUUGUUUUGUUUUGUCCUCUUUUUUUCCCCUACUUUGUACUGUUGCUUUUUUUUUUUUUUUUUUUUUUUUUGGGUAUUUAAAGGUUUUGCUUUUGUUUUUGUUUUUUAAGCAUCAAUGUAGUAGUACUCUGGGCCGAACAGGGGGCAUUUAAUCCACAGUUACCACCAACAUGUAUGUACUCAUGUGGGAAUCCACAUGUAUCAGACUGCUCAUGGUGAAGAGAGUGACGGCAGACCUGAAGGGGCCCCCCUUGAGACAAAGCCGAUGGCUGGGGGGUGGGGGGCGCGUGCCGGCGACCUGUGUGCGCUCACGCGGACGGCCGGGUCUGCAUUCCCCUCUCUGACAUCAAGUGCCCACAUUCUGUACCAGCAAACACCUGCCCAUUCCAGCCCUUGGUGGGAGCAGACCCCCGUCCUCCGUACCCUGCUGCUAGUGAGGAUGAGGGAGUUCUCCUUAGCAUGUUCAGUGAAGGACACAACAAUGCCUAAUGUGUUUUCGCUUCCGUCUCUGUAUAAGUGGAUGGGUGGGUGCAUAUAGGAACAGGCAAAAAGGCAUUAUUUGCAUGUUAGUGACUUUGCGAGACAAAGAAUGGGAAAGUCUGUAGUCCUUGGUUUACUUAACCUGUUGACUAUAGACCUAGCCUCACAAGAGAUUGACAGGCAUAGUUCAGGUGAGCAUGUCCAUCCAAGUCUGUGUGAGCCUCUUGUGGGUCAGGGGUCAGGCUCGAGUCUGCAGCGUUGGUUUGGUCCCACGGAUGCCUUGUUGAACGCUGAGUGUGCCCUCCUCCUGCUCACCGGUUUUUGUCACCACCACGCCUCUUCCACCUCUGCCUCACACUGAAAGUCUCCUUCCGGCCGCACUGGCUGCUCUCCGUGCGUGGUGGCCUCGGGUGAAGUACGGCUUCUGUUCAGACAUCUGCAGAAGGCUGCAUCUUAGUGUCCCUGGGCCAGGAGCACGCCCUGAGGCUCCCUGGAGCCUGAGGUGACUUCCACUGAUGCUCUUGGUUCACUGCUGUGUCCUGCCCCCCCCCCCCUGCCUGUUGGUCCCUUGACCUGCACUAUGGGUUAGUUGAGUUCCUUACGAUACUACGGUGAAUGCCGGGUGCUAGAGCCCCUCUGUUUACAAGACAUAAUGAGGGAUUUGAAAUAUGUAAAAAUAAACACGAGAAGCUAAAAUGUUCUUCCAUCAUAAGCUUAAAGGGAAAAAAACUAAAAACUUAAAAAAAAGACCAAAAAGUGCGUAUAUAUAUACAUAUAAAUAUAUAUUUUAGAUGAAGACUAACUCUGGGAGCAUUUAACAGUGUUUUUUUGUUUUUGUUUUUAACAUUUAUUUUCCUGCUUUAAAAUUUGCAAGCAUUCUCAGGAAUUCUAGGGUAGGAAGCCAGUUUUUUGAAGAUGGUUUAUUUAACCAUAUCUUAUCCUAGAUAGAUGGCUGUUUCUUUCCUGUUAAUAAACUUUUACAAGUUCCUGAAACUUCAGAAAGUUUAAAAAAUUUUUACUUAAAAAAAUGUAAAAAGAAAAGUCUCCAAAUGUUAUUGUCAUACUGGGGAAUCACACAUUUUAAAACACAUAGAAAGAAAUAUUUUUUAAAAAUUAUCAAUUUAGCAGCAACAGGUUAAAUUCAUUAUCUUAAAAAACACGGGAGAAGGAUUACACUUCCUAAGAGCUGCCUCUUGGACUCACUUGCAAUUGUGUGCGACUUAGCGGGAGAGUGUUUGGUGCCAUAAAUGGAAAUGCUGUCACCAUGCUCCUUCCCAUUGAAGACUGAGCUAAGAACUCCCCAAGUGAUUCUUAUUUUUCUAAAGAGGCCCUUCUCCCUCUCCCACCGCCCAACCCCAGCAACAAAAGAAAGAAACAACAGCUUAAAAAAUCUGUAAAAAUAGUACAGUUGGAUUGCUGAGAAUAUGUAAAGAGUUAGGAAAUGAUAGGUUAAUAAUUUUUGGAACAAAUUUUAAAUAUAGGCAUUACUAGAGGAAAAUGAUCUAUGGACUGUUCCAUUAAUGAAGAAUGUCUGUCACCUCCACCUGUUACUGGGGGAGGAGAACAUACGGAAGAAUCUAAUAAGGAACAAGUGGUUCUGCUUUCUUAGCUCCCAGCUACUGUGUGUGCGUUGUGAUCGCUGUCCUGAGGAUCUGCUGCUGAAUUCUCCCCAUCCCUCAGCCAGAGAUGAGGAGUUCUCCUUUCAGUUUUUGGCAACAUACUCUCUAUCCCCCCUCCCUGGGGCCAGGGGUCAGAAUUCCGGAACAUGACCACAGCUUCUUUGAAACAUUAAGCUUCCCAGUGGGAAAGAAACUCCAGCUCGACAGGUAAGGGAGCGGGUGGGACUGCUGCCUGCAGUUUCUCUAAAGCCGCUUUAGUGCCUUCGUACAUACACCCAGACAUCCUGCACAGGGGACACGUGUAUGUGCCCUUGGUCCAGCCGCUCUGCACACGCUAAGGCGCUUGUCCGUAAAGGAAGGUGGAGUGGUUCUGGACAGGCCCCCAGAGGCAGUGGGCUAACCUUAAAAGAAACAGAAAUCAAGAAAGUUCAGAAUGGUUUUGUGUCUGGACAACGCAGGAUGCCACGUCCCUUCCUGGCGUCGUGUGCCCUGCGUACUGUGCGUCGGCUUCCCCAGCAUGUCGUGGAGCGGCCACGGUGACUGGAAAGGCACUCUCUGUGGGGCCAGCAGGAAGGGGCUCCUGGAUUUCUGCUCUUUGCAUCCUUGGGCUCCUCACUCUGUCCUUGCCCUCCCCCCCCCCCCCCCCGCCUUGUCAGCUUGCUGGAAGUUUUGCUUUGUUGGUUGGCAAUGACCUAAGAACAGGAUAUGGUAAGGGUGUCGUGAAAGAGAGAAACUCCUUCCUUUCUGUGGAAGGAGCCUUGUCUGCCGAGAGGUCAGGUGGCUCCAGGGUACUGAAACCCAGUGGGAGGGGUUUUCUGUCCCACCUGGUUCUGGCACAGGUGGAGGGGCUUUGCUGGUCACCCUCAUUGCAUAGGUGGAUUUUAUGUCAACAUUUUGAUCAUGUAAGUUUGAGCUUUACAGUUUCGACUUGUUAAACACUUGAUUUCUAGUGGCAGGAAGUGUGUGCAUCUCUUAAACAUCACAUUCUGUCCCCCUGAUGAGUAAGCCAAAAGUCAGGACGCGCUCUCAGGUGAGGUGGUGUCUGCCACCAGACGGGACCUCUGCUCUGAGGUACAUCCAGUGCCAUGAACUCACGUAGGUGUUCAGAAACAAGACACUGUGAAGAAAUGGAGGGCCUUGUGACAUCCCUGGCCCCCUCGGUCCCUAACCCCUGUAGCUCAUUUGCAACAUUUACGGGAGUUGAUUCAGCAAAUUCUUUCGUUCAUCGCUGUCCCUACAGCAAGUAGCUCAGCUUCACUGACACAGCAGCUUGGUUUUCUGUUCUGUGACCCCUGUUGUGAGCCUUUUCCAACCUCUUCUGACGUGACUGUAGCACUUGUCAGCAGUCGGUUCUUCCAUGCUCCUGUGGGCUGAGUGUGGCCUGUAAGGCAUGCACGGGGACAAAAAAGCAAGAGCAGAGAUUCCGCCUCAGCUAUGGAAACGCCUUUAUUAAUCUGUGACAAACUAGAAGCUGGUAGGCUAUUAACUUGUUGCAAAUACUCAAUCUCACCGCCUUUGCUGGAGAGGGUGAUUGGGUUAUAGCCAGAUUCCAUUUUGACCUCAGAUGCUGUGUACUUUUUAAUUGUAUAUGUAUAUAUUCUGCCACUUUGACUUUUCUCUUAACCAGAAGCAAAAUGUCCAUGUGCAGACCAAGGCUGUUUCUCUGCCGAGUUCAGCGGGUGUUUUCAGCGAACCCUGGCUGUAACGGGCAUCUCUAAGAUUAGGGAACAACUGAGUGUUUCUGUCAAAAAGGUUGCGUUCUUCCUCAUCCUCAGAGUGAACAUUCAACAUGUACAGCUUUGCAGGUUACUCAUUUGCAUUUCAGUUUCUUCUGUUUUGUAAGUAUCUAUAAUGUCUUCAGCUAGGAGCAAAGAUACAUUUUUAGCUGGUUACAAAAAAAAAAAAUCAGACUUUCUCCUACAGUGUUUUUUGCCAAGUUUUUUCACAUUUCAUGUCUAUGCAUUAACUAUACUUGGUGUUACUGCAAAAACAAAUUGUUGUUCUUUGUGUUUUUCUUCCUGUGGGCAUACAACUAGGGCCACAUGUGAUAGUACAGAUGAAGCUCUUCUGGCCUGUGUGUGUACAGUAAUUUGUCAAUCUAAAGACCUCAGCAGUCAUUCAGAAAUAGGGUGUCCCGGUCUCUGCUGCACACCACGCCACACCGCCGUGCACCCUUUUGCUUCCUGUCUGCACAGACGGCGUCUGUCCCCACAGCCCAAGAACAGACAAACAGAGUGCUGGCAAGGACGCCGUCACUCUGUACGCAAAUGUAGAAUAUUAUCUGCAUUUCCAGCAUUUGCACACGACCCAUGAGGCAGCCUGGGCUAUGGCUAGUGCCAAAGGUGGACUCUCAGAGGCAGGCCCCCUUUUGUCAAUGGUAGUGGUUUUCCCUUGACCUUAAAUUUGACCAAGGGGGGCUGCUAUCACUUUCCUCAGAUCUGAAAUCAAUCUGUGAGCGUAGUAAAAGCUUCAUAAUCAUUGGGCAUCAACCCUCCCUAACCUGCCCAUAACACUGCCCCACUCCCGUACCCCAGGCUGCCAGGGAGAGACCGUGACCAUCUCCAGGAUGGCAAAGGCAGGCAUUGGUCAGGAGCCGGGAGCUGCCCCUGCGUCCUCACUGUCCCCACAUCCGGAUGCAGUCGCUCAGACGGGACCGCGGGCCCUGCCAGCGCCUGCCUCACAGAAGUUAUAGUUCCCUUUCCACUUCACCGGACACCUGGAUUUAUUUGUACCAAGAAACUGCUCCCCAGGAAACAUGGUACGAUCCUGACUGAGGGGUUUCUGAAAAGCUCAGUCAUCGGUUCUUCAAUGUGACAGACGCUUGUUUUAAAUAAACAAGAAGUAGUAUCUCCCUAAAGCACUUUGUGCCUCAACUUGACUUCCAAGCUGUAAGAAUGCCCAGUUGCAACGGACCCAUUUCUAGCCCAAACCGGAAAGCCGGAGUUGCUCCUCAGUGAGUGGCAGCGGAAGCUCAGGCCCCGCCGAGGCAGCCUCGGGAGUGCACACGCUUUCCUCUCCUGACCGCCGGGCCCUGCUGCUGGGCCUGGCCUUGCUCCUCCUCCUGGGGCUGCUGAGGGGGGUGCGGGGAGGAGGGGCGUCUGCCCUAAGGAAGAGGGGCCACUGAUGCAGAACUGAGACCUGUGGAGCCCUUCAAGGAGUGACCUGCCUUGGAAGGGUAGUAGCGCAGUUUCUUACCACGUGAUACGUUUAAGCAUAUUUCUUGCCAGAAGCGUUGAGAUGAGAUGGAAAUGCUGUGUUAAGAACACCACCCCCUCCCCUUCUGUAAUUUCGCCAUGGAGUUAAGUGUAGUACUUCUGAAUGUGCCUUGUUGAGUCCAGAGAGCAUCUUGUAGGAAGAGGCUGAUGAGAUUAAAAAACGCAGCUUAGUCUGGCGGGAGUGGGGUGGGGGUGGGGCAGCUGUUGCAUUUUCAUGAGCAUCACUGUCGCACAGUGCAGACUUGGGUGGAAGGGGGUCCUGGGACGUGGCAGAGGAGAGAGAGACCCAGGUCCCCUCAGAGAGCGUGGGAUGGACUUGGACACUGCAUACCUCGUUUCCUCCUGUGCUCGUGUGUGUGCGUGGCUGUCCGUAAGCACCGGAGAAGGGAAGGUGGCGUACCUGUGACAAAUCCAGGCGUGGGGAGAAGGCGCUCUUAGCAUCUGCAGUGCAGAGCAGGCGGCUCUGUGUGCCCUCUGAGCCGGUGUCCCGGGAAGGCCGGGCCUUCCACGUCGCUGUCUGUGCACACGGGAGAGAAGGAUUCUAGUUAGCUUAGCCGUCUGCGCUGUCCCUUCCUUGUUUUAUGUCCGUUCUCAACAGUUCCUCCUCUUCUCCCACUCCUGUGUUCUAAGGAAAUUUCCAGCGAAUGCAAAGGGCCAUUUCUGUAACUCCUCAGAGCACCCCAAAGAGGAAAACCUCCCUCCCACUUCAUUCUGGAAGGUGAAGGGAGGGAAGCUGCCUGCCGCUGGCUGUGCCUCACUCAGUCCCCUCUAAUGGCCUUGAAAUGUACUAUUAUGCAAAUGUGAAUUUUGAUACUGAAUUUAAGAGGUUCUUGGAUUUUCUUUUUUCAAAAAAAAAAGGGGGGGGGUCCCACAUGUGGUCAUCAUCGCUUCUUUAUUUUGUAAGGUGAAUUGUGACUAUGCAUCCUGUGAGGGGAGGAGCGGGUGGAGAGGGGAAGGAAGUGGCUUUGCACCCCUGUUCUCCAGUUUCUGUGUCCAUGGUGUCCCCACGUCCUGGAGGGGAAGGGGGGUAGAAGAGGGUGAAGGGAGGUAGAGAGAGGCCUCUGAGUCCCCCUCUGUGGCUGGCGUAGCGCAUUCCCGGGGCCUGCAGUCCCUGUCCGCCAGGACAGUACAGGGCUCUUGGUCCCAGCCACGCAGUGUUAGCCCAGUGUGCAGUGGGACCCCCAAAGGCUCCAGUGUUCUCUGGGAAAAGUUCUCAUCCUUUGCUGACUCCAGACCCUUUCAAGCUCAGGAAACCGUGCCGCACCCGUGCUGACCUCCAGGUUCAUCCUUACAGCAACUUUGGAAAUCCCCUUCUCUCCUUUUUCAUCUUUGCUUUCUUUUUUUUAAGUCGUUUUAAAGUGAACUCACGCUUAAUUACUAGGAAACUGUCCUGCUCUGUAGGGGAGAGGGCUGUUGCCCAACAGGCAAGCGAGGGUUCUCUUCCCCCACCGAGACCCCGCCGCUGAUGGGCUGGCCUUCUUGUUGGUCUUGCCUGUGGUGAAUCAGGACACCGGCCUCGCUCUGGCCUCGGCAUUUUUGGCAACACAAGAGUGUCCUAAGAGAUCUGCGUUCAGUGUUCUCCACACAGCCAUUUCCGUUGUUGACGUUCACAGUACUGUAACGAGUGACAGACUUGACACAGCCUCCUCAUGCCGUGCAGGGCUGCACGGGCAUGAUCUUAUCAGGGUUCCAAUCUGUUAGAUUGCCUUUAAACAAAACAACAAAACAUACACAAAAAAAUCCUGACGUUUCAACUGUCUAACACAAAACAAUACCUCGAGGUCCCCCCCCACCGCAAACCCCCGACUCCUCGCUCCUUCCUGACACUAGUGAGUUACCCUUUUUAAAAGACGAACGUGUGUAAAUAGCAGGAUAACUUUAAAAGCAUUUUCUUUGCUGUGAAAGUAACCCUAAAAUAUGAUUUUCUCAAUUUUGUUUUAAGCCAUCGGAAGUUUCAGAUCUCACUCACUCAUGUUUAAGAAGCAGCAGCAGAGCAGGUCAGCGGAGUGGGUUUGCGUUUGUGGCGGGGGGCUGACAGCAGACCAGGAUCUAAACCCUGUCCUAAACAGGUGCCAUCCAGUCCCAGGGUGGGGAACGUCUGACUCUCUCUCUCCCAGCAAGCCCUUCCCCUCCAGGGAAUCCAGACCUUGUGCUCUCGCCAUCUCUUGGUUCAGACACGGGACGCGCGCACACACCCCUUUCAUAACACUCAUCCUGUAGUUUGCAGAGGGAUUGAGUCCCUGGCAUUUCAGUCUGCGCAGUAGGCUUCACGGCCUUGUCACUCUGUGUCGCUCUGGAAAUGUGCUGAGUCUCCCCUGAGAGCUGCUGCAUCCUAGACCUUCCUCUCGCACGAAGCCGAGGGAAACACGGUUAGCAAAUGCCAGCCACUGCUCGCCUGGAUUUGGGCGCCCACAAAGCAGGGCAGCAAUGGGUCAUCGGCAUCGCUCUUUCUUCACAAACCGUCCCCCCCUUCCCUGUCUUUUAAGACAGACACUCUAGCAUCAAGAAGCCCCUUUCGUUUGAUCUCCGGACCUUGUAUAGCGACGACUUCCUUUGAGGGAGGGAGCUUGAUUGUAAGUGCACGCGUAUUAUCCACCCGCCUUCUGACCGGGCCCCUUGGCCUGGGUUUUACUUCUGUUGUUCGUCCGGAGACCCUUUUUCUAUCACGUCCUUCGUCUGUUCCCUCAUCUCCCUCUGACGCUCCCAAAGGGCUCUGCUGAUCUCUGCACUUCUUUCCUGGGACACCCCCACUACCACCCUUUGCACACACCAGUGACCAAAGUGUACACAGUGAUCUCACAGAAGACAUCAAAAAUGGUGCAUGCACCGCAAAUGUGCUCACAGAGACACGUGCACAAGACUCUGCACCCUUGGCCUUAAUCUCAGAGUGACUUAAGGUGCAGGAACAUUUUUAACAGGUUUUAAAAAAAUAAAAAUAAAUAAAAAGCAACCCUUUUGGAAGGGGAAAAAAAAAAAGAAAGCAGAUGCAACAGCUCAGCUGUGCCCGCUCCUGGCUCCCCACUGCCCGCUCACCACUUCCGUGCCCGCCCCACCCCAUCCUUGCUUUGCGUAACCAAAAAAAGAAAAAAAGAAAAAAAAAAAAAACCAGACAACAAAAGCGACCUGAGGAAAGGUUUCUGGACUAUUUUAUCCUCCUCCAUUUAGAUGGAGAAAUAAAUGCUGCUUCGAGUUCCAUAAUCCUAGGGGGCUAUGUUUACAUAGUAAAACAAAUACAUCCUACCAAAUCAGGAAACAGUGAAUAUGGGAGUCACUUCAGUGAGAGGUCCCUGCUGGUGACCCAGAGACGGAGCCGACCUGGGCGGGGGGACAGAGGAGGAGAGGUGGGGAAGCCCUUCCAGUGGCCGGUGACAGUGCCCGUGCUCCUCUCCUCCCUUCACGUCUCUCUUGCCCCCUUUAACAAGAAGGUGCAGAGAAGGGCAUCACACAGGCUGGAUUCUCAAAGGCAGCUUUUCCAACUUUGCACACCAACAGGUCACAGGAAGGCACAGCAAAAACCCUCUCAUCUGAGACACUGUCAGCAGAAACAAAACCUGUAAAAAUGACUACAUAGCUGCACAUAUUGACGCGCUCUGCGAGUUACCUAUAAGUGUUGUGUUUUUCUUAUACUUGAAAUAGCUUUUACAAUAUAAUUUUGGUGGCUUUCUUUCCUCUCUUGUGACGGGCAAUUGAAACGGCGGAUGAUGGGAAUUGAGUACGCUGGGUGGGGGAGCAGGGAGGAUGGACAUGGCAUUGUCUCUCUCUCUCUCUCUCUCUCUCUCUUAACAUAGAGGUUUAAUCAAACUCGCAUGUGUUGAAGCGGCUCCUCAUAUUAACCGGUUUUACAUGGACACAGAAACUAGGCACUUUACAGGUGCACUUGCACGGCAGGCUGGGCCCCCUUUUCUAUAUUUUAUUUUACUUUUUUAGUAUAGUGGUACUUAAAAUCACUGGUUCACUUAAAAAACAAACAAUAAAAUGUUAAACUCUACUAAUGUACAAAUAAGCUGAAAAGUUGCAUUUUAUGUGUAUUUUUUGCCAUAGCAGGUACUGUAUUUCUCAUGCUGGAUUUCAAAAAAAAAAAAUCAAAAACAAAAAAAACUAAAGGGUGGUGUUUUAUUGGAUUGUGACAGGUUGAGUAAUAAGGAAUUAAGUCGUCGUCAUUUCAUUAAAGCUGAGAGAUGAUGUAAUGCAUAUAUAAGAGUUUUCUGAAGGGUUUUUUUGGGCUUUUAAACAGCUUAUUUUUGUUUUUGUUUAGUUUUUUAUUUUAUUUUAUUUUGGAAAGAUAUGAUUGUAUUAUGUGCAACUCAGUUGCUUACAUUAUAACUACAAAAUAUUUUUGGGUUCCUGGAAAAAAAAAAAAGAAAAAAGACUAAUAAAUGUGUUUGGCUGCUAAGCAUCU